AUUGCAGAUAAAAAUUAUUGAAAAUGUGUGAUCCUUGCUGUCCUCCCUGUGGACCAUGCGGACCCUGCAGUCCAUGUGACCCCUGCUGUGCUCCCUUUGAGCCUAAAUCCUGUCGCAGUCAUGAAUUACGUUCCGGCAUUAUGUACACCACCUGUGAUUGCAUCAAACGUAAUGGUCUCCAGGAUAAAUGUCCACGUUCCCAGUGUCAGGGUCGUUCGGCUUGUAUGUGUCUGCCAACACCAAAUUGUUGUCCCGCUGCAUUUCCUUUGCGAUUUGCCAACAUGACUAUGGGUGUCAAGAAACGUCGUGGCGGUGGUAAUUCAUGUUCUCCACCAGGUUCCGCCUGUCCACCACCUUGUGGUUCUUGUGAUACUUGUUGUGGACCAUCAAAUCCUAUGGGUGCCGCCCCCUCACCAGUACCCUAUUCGCCAUCACCAAACUGCUGUCCACCGUUGCCGGAGGCUGGUAUACCCGAUCCAAGGAUAUGGAAUGCCUGUAAUACCCCACCAUGUUAUCCAUGUAAGUUCGAGAUUCUCUUCAAUUUUCUGGAGACUGGGAAGGUGGAUUUUAAAUGA